UUGGGGACCCUGAUGGGCUACAAUCAAACCGACUCAAAAUGUUCAAGUUGGCUUUAGUCUCAGCCCUCGUGGCUCUCGCAGCUGCAUCCCCAAUGACCCCACGUUUGGAUGGUCGCAUCGUUGGUGGUGAAACCGUUGUAAUCGAAGAUUUCCCAUACCAAUUGUCUCUUCAAUACUACGGAAGCCACAUCUGCGGUGCUUCCAUCGUCAGCAAGAACUUCGCCGUGACCGCCGCUCACUGCACCAAUGGAUCCCCAGCUUCCACUUUGAGCGUCCGCGCUGGAUCUUCCAUCAAGGGAUCCGGUGGACAAGUUGUCCAAGUUAAGGCCGUUUACCAAAACCCUAAAUUCAACAACUACAACAUCGAUUACGACAUCUCCGUUUUGGAACUUUCCGAACCAUUGAACUUUGGAGCUGGUGCUCAACCAGUCGGUUUGCCAAGAUUGAACCAAGAAGUCCCAGCUGGCUCUGACUCCGUUGUUUCCGGAUGGGGUGCCCUUACUGAAGGUGGUGGCUCUCCUUCCCAACUCCAAGCCGUCCAUGUUGGAAUCAUCUCCCAGGAGGAAUGCAAGAAGGCUUAUGGAGACAGCGCCAUCACCGACCGUAUGAUCUGCGCUGGAGUUAACGGAGGUGGCAAAGACGCUUGCCAAGGUGACUCUGGUGGCCCACUCGUCGUCGAUGGACAACUCGUUGGUAUUGUUUCCUGGGGAUACGGAUGCGCCCGCCCAACCAGCCCAGGAGUCUAUUCCAGCGUAUCAAACAUGCGUGACUACAUCACUGAAAAUGCCGGAAUCUAAAUUACCUAACCUUUGACAAUGAAAAAAAAUCUAAAAAAAAGCAUUAAAAAAUUAAAAAUUA